AUGAAUACCCGCCCGGUCAUCGAUGAGUCCUCUGGACCCGUCGCUCUUUCGGCAUCGUUCAACAGCGAUGCCAGCUGCUUUGCCGUUGGCCUCGACACAGGCUUCUGUGUGUUCAACUCCGACCCAUGCGAGCUCAAAGCAUCGAGAGACCUUAACGCUGGUAUCGGCACGGCUGAGAUGCUGGGGCGGUAUAACUAUCUCGCAUUGGUAGGAGGAGGCAAGAAUCCAAGAUGGCCCCAGACAAAAGUGAUGAUAUGGGACGAUGCCAAACAGAAGGUCGCCAUCACCCUCGAACAAAAGACCGCUGUCCUGCGAGUCCGUCUCACCAAAUCCUGGAUCGCCAUUGCAAUCCAGAACAGCAUCCACCUCUACAAGUUCUCCUCCCCACCAGAGAGAUCGGCAAGCUUCGAAACCGUAGAUAAUCCGCUGGGCCUAUGCUGUCUGGGUGCCAGAAUCGUCGCCUUCCCCGGCCGUUCACCUGGUAAAGUGCAACUCGUUGAACUGGCAUCCGGUAACGUGAGCAUCAUCCCAGCACACACUUCCGCCCUACGAGCCAUGGACCUCAGCAGCGAUGGACAGUUACUGGCUACAGCAAGCGAAACAGGCACAUUGAUCCGCGUCUUCUCAACCGCCAAUUGCACCAAGGUUGCAGAACUGCGUCGUGGCGUUGACCCAGCAUACGUCUUCAGCAUUGCCAUCUCACCCAACAGCAGUAUGCUAGCCAUCACAUCCGACAAGUCAACCUUACAUGUCUUCGACCUUCCAGCCAGCUCAUCCUCGCAGGCCCAACCAAGCAGCCCACUGAGUCCGUCGUCGCAACGUCGUCGCUCUCAAUCGCCACAGGUCGCUAACAAUGAAGAAGAAACGCCCACGAACCAGAAAUGGGGGUUCCUCUCAAAGAUCCCUCUCCUUCCUCGCGUCUUCUCGGACAUCUACUCCUUCGCAUCUGCGCACUUCGAGAUGGGUGAUGAAAGCGGCGGGCUCAAUAACUCUACUCUUUCAUAUCUUCCCGCGCUGGGCUCGUUACCGAGUCGGCCACAGAAGGGCAUUCUAGGCUGGAUCGACAACUCCACGCUGAUCUGUGUAGGUACCGGCAGGGAUGCGAGAUGGGAAAGAUUCAGAAUCGGCGAACGACCCGGCGUGACGGAUGAGGGGCAAAGAAAUAUCUGGCGCGACGGAUGGAGGAAGUAUUUGGGCAGUUGA